GUGGAAAUAUGGGUCUCUCACUCAACCAUAGGGUUUGCAUAUCAUGCGUCAAAAAUGUGAUACAUGAUACAUGAAUUUUUGUUUUCCACACAUACGCAAUUUUUACGCAUAUUUUUUGCAAUUUUUCACAAAAUUUGUGUCGCAUUUUUGUUACUCAGCUGCGUUUCGCCCUGCUAUCUACCAUCAAUUUGUUGCAUCCUUUUUUUUGGUUAAAAAUGGAAUAUGCCCACAGGACUGCCCUCACGGAAACCGCGGACGAUCUGAGGAUUGAAAAUCAGAAUUUUUUGGGAGAAGCGGGAACGGUGGUGCGCCUGGUAAUUGCAUUUGUGGACAUCCUACUACUAGCGAGCUUGGCACUGGAUGUAAACGUUAGCUGCGAUGGAUAUUUGCGAACAUGGAUCAUAGGAGCAAUAUUAUUGAGUUUUUUCUUAUUUUCUUUUGUAAAAAGAGUUCAAGUUUUGUUAAAGGAAGACAAAGGGCUACUCUCUGAAGUUCUUUUAAUGCUAGUGUGCUUUUUGUGGACAUACUUUGGGACAAUUCAGAUUAACAAAGCCAGUGCCUGUCAAAAGAGCGCUCCUUACUUAUUUUGGGCAGUGUUUACCUUAGUUACUACCAUUUGGUGCUCCAUCAUAGGACUAAUUUUAAGCCUGAUGAUUAUAACAAUAGGCUCCUUUUUUGUUGUUCGAUCGAAGGUAGAAUAAAAUGUAAUUCUUUUUUUUUAAUAAAUUUGGAACUUUGCACAUUUAGAAGGAGAAGAUAGUGGGAGAACACAAGAUGGAAGAAAAGCGCGUAGCGUGGUUUUAAAGUUACAUUUUUUUGUUUUUUUUUGCUUUUUUGUUUUAUCCUUUUAUUUUGUUGUUCAUUCCUGCUUAAAUUUUAUAAAAUUAAAAUUUAUUUGGAUGACGUGGCGUAGUUGCGUUUGUGCAGGUAUACACACGUAAGCA